UGCUUACAAUAGAGUUAGUUUUAUUGCCAGCUUCUGAUUAUGGAUGUUUUUACUAUCACAGAUUCCUCAGAUGACGAAAGUUGCAAUUCUAAUAAGAGCUUUGAAUUGCCAAUUAUAGUCCAUGUAGAAAGUACUUCGAAAAAUGAAAAUGCUGAUUAUCAAAAAAAUGGAAUUAUAAAGAAGAUAGGUGAUUGUACUCUUACUUUAAGGAAACAUCGAACAUCUGAUGUCAUUGAAAUCAUUGAGGAUAGUGAUGAUGAAAGUAAAUACAACAAUAGUUUACAAAAGACAAUUGAAUCUAAUGAUAGGUUAUUUGUUACUUCAUCUAUAGAAACAAACCACCAGAAUGUUAGCUGUUCAGUUAAUGCAAGAGUUCCAUUAUUGUCUUUAAAAAGCAAUAAUGAUAUUCAAACAACAAAAAUUAAUAUAUCUGCAACACCAAACAUUAGAAAAUCAAAUAAUUUGGUAAUUGGAAAUAGUAAAAUCACUGAUAAGAAACAUAUUACACCAAAAAAAUUAGAAGAAAACAUCAUAUCAUUGAUAGAAGAUUCAGACAGCGAUACAGAACCAAUUUCAAGUAAAAAACCCAAGUUAGAACUUAAGAGUAAAUUUAAGGAAGAGAGAACUCUGCCUUUGAUAGCAUUCGUCAAGGAUAAACCUGAAGAAUCAACAAAUCAUGUAGAUAAAAUUAAAAAAAUAAAUGAUGUAUCAACAAUUAAUUCUGUGGUAAAGGUAAAGACGGAAACAAUCAAGAAAAAUGCUGAUUUACGAACUGAAAAAUCAAAUAGUAUUAAUGAGGCUGCAAUUCACAGAAAUGAUGAGGCUUUUAAAAACUUUCUACAAGCAUGUAAAGAAGUUGAAAAUGGUGAUCAAAUGAAUUUAAUCAUUGAGAAAAUUCAAAAGUACCAUAAUAAUGCUCAUUCAGAUUACAUAAAAUCGAAUUCAUUUUAUGAUUUAAUUCAACGAUCCAUAGAAUCAAUAAUAAACAGUAAAAAUUAUUACCUGUAUAUAAAAGAUUUUAUAGAAGAAUUACGGGCCAGAAAAGUGACCGUAAAAGCAGAAAGUACUACAAGUGCCACUGAAUGUGAUGAUAACAGGUUAGAUCCCAUAAGCAAAAAUAAGGAAGAAAAAAUUCACAGACUUGAAAGUGCAUUGAGAAAAAUAAUUAAGAUAUUAAAGAAUCUAGAAGAAAAAGAAGUUGAUUUUGAUGAUGAAUAUGAUUCUACAUAUCUGCUACAAGAUAGAUAUGAACGUCGAAUGAUAAAAAUCUACAAUAAACUCUGUGAAAUAACUGGUGAACAGCCAAGUGCAGGCCGUGCAAUAAAACGUAAAAUUUAUGUAGCAAUCAGUACUCACCAAUCCAUUAACAAGGCUGUUCAAGAUUUUGUUAAUAAAAAAAAGGAGUUUCCUAAUUAUCAAGAUAUUCUGAAAAUUGUAAAAUCGUCCAAUGAACUAGAGUCAUUAAAAAUGAGUAAUGCUGCUGAAGCACUUGAAGCCCGGAAAGUUUUUGAGCACAUAGGAAGUGAAUUGCAGAGGAGGCGGCAAGCAGAUUAUUAUUUAUCAAUAUUAGAUUAUCUUCAAAGUGAAACUGAUCCUGCUGAAAAAGAUCCUUCUCUUAAAAAUCAACUUAAGAAAAAUUAUGAUGAGAAUAAACAUAAAAUUCCGGAAAUAAUUAAUAAGUAUGUAGAGAAGGCUGAAAGCAUAGGCUUGAAAGAAAAAGAGGUCGAUAGUGAUCAAGCAAAGAGCGAUGACGAAAAGGAAUCUGAAGCAGAAGAAAGCGAUGGCUCUAGUGCAGAUAUUAUUUAA